AUGUCCACCCUCAAAAUCACCCGCAUCGACGUCUACCAAGUCGAUCUCCCCUACGCCGGCGGCGUCUACCACCUCUCCGGCGGCCGCACCUACACCAGCUUCGACGCGACCAUUGUCCGCAUCACUACCAACACCGGCCUCGUGGGCUGGGGCGAAAGCACCCCCUUCGGCGCGACGUACAUCACCUCGCACGCGCGCGGCGUGCGCGCGGGCAUCGCCGAGCUCGCUCCGCACCUCCUGGGCCUGGACCCACGACGAGUCGACCGCAUUAACGAGACGAUGGACGCGGCGCUGGUGGGACACGCGCACGCCAAGACCGCCCUCGACGUCGCCUGCUGGGACGUCUUCGGCAAAUCGGUCGGUCUGCCAGUCUGCGAGCUCCUGGGCGGUCGCACCAACACGCCCAUGCCGGUGAUCAGCUCGAUCCACGUGGGCGAGCCGGCCGAAAUGCGGCAGCGCGUCGCCGAGCACCGUGCCCGGGGGUACCUGGGCCACUCGGUGAAGGUCGCGGGCGAUGAUCCUGCCGCGGACGCAGCGCGGAUUACCGCCUCAUUGGCCGAUCGCCAGCCCGGAGAGUUCUUCAUCGUCGAUGCCAACGGCGGACUGACGGUGGAGACGGCGCUGCGGAUGCUAAGGCUGCUCCCGCCGGGGCUGGACUUCGUGCUCGAGGCCCCCUGCGCGACGUGGCGGGAGUGUCUCUCGCUACGGCGGCGGACAGACGUGCCCAUCAUCUUCGAUGAGUUGGCCACGGACGAUGCGUCGGUGAUCCAGCUCGUGGCGGACGAUGCCGCCGAGGGCAUCGGGUUGAAGAUCUCCAAGAACGGGGGAUUGACGCGCGGCCGCAGGCAGCGGGAUAUCUGUCUCGCGGCCGGCUAUACGGUCAGCGUGCAGGAGACCACGGGGUCGGAUAUUGCGUUCGCGGCCAUCGUGCAUCUCGGCCAGACGGUGCCGGCGCGGUCCCUGCGGUGUGUCCUGGAGAGUCGCGAUAUGGUGGCGCUCAAGACGGCGGAUGGGGAGUUUGAGGUGCGUGAUGGCAGGAUCUCGGCGCCCACGGCGCCUGGGUUGGGGAUUACGCCGCGCUUGGAGGCGUUGGGGGAGCCGGUGGCGAGUUACUUUUAG